GACAUAUAUCUAUAAUUUUAGAUCUGUGCAGGUCUUUUCAGUUGUUUCGGGAAGUUAUCUACACUAGGAAGUUCAAACCAGGAAGAAAAAAUAGACGAAAUAUUUUGUGCUUGAGUUGUAAAUCAAACUGGAUUCCAGAUAUAGACGUCUAGAUAGAUCUAAUCUAGAUGACGGAUUUACUGUUUAAAGUGUUUUAAGUUGUGAAUUUUGUUGCUGUUCCUUUAAAAAAUUGGGCUCGUAGAAAACUAGGAAUGCCUCCUUCAGGGUCCCGGAGGCCACCGCCUCCACCCCCUGGUGCUUCUGUCCCAUCAGGGCUCCCUUCUUCCAUGAAAGACUCUGGUCAACCUCCACCACUGCCUAGAAGGCCUACACAAGGGAAAUCAAAAGAUGAGCCAGAAGAAACUUCUGAUGAUGAGUACCUACAGCCAGUAGUGCAGGCUCAGGAUCUCUAUGAGCCAAUGACAGCACCUAACCCUGUCAAUACAUCAGUGCAAAGAAAACAGGGUUUAGCUCUACCCCCACCAAAUGACAUCAUAAGUACUUUAGAGAAAGCACUGAAACAAAGAAAAGAAAGACAAAAUGAAACUGAGAUUGAAAAGAAAAUAAAACCCAGUAGUUCAAGUCCACAGACCAUAGAAAAGAGUAAUUUAGCCAAAAGUUUUCUUCAAAGUAUUGGCCAGUCAAACACAAGUACAGAAAGGGAGAGAAAAAUUAGUGACCCUGUGAAACCUAAGUAUGGAGCACCAAUAUUACCUGCUCUGGACAAGCCAAGGAGGACUACAGUUGAAGACACUGCCCCCAUCAUGCCUGUAGCUGAUGAUAUAUAUGAAGAACCAACAGGUCCACCUGCAAGCCUACCUUCAGGCCCACCCCCUAGAAUCCCUCAGAUGAACCCAAGCAUACAGCCUCCUGUUGAUGAUGAUACUGAUGAUGAUUGGGAUGAAGAUUGGGAUGAGGUACAGGAACCAAAGAAAGAUGAUGAUUAUGUGAUCCCUGAUGGAGUUCAGAAAGAAUAUCACAACCCAGAUGAAGCUCCUCCUCCACUGCCUGGUAGACCACCAGUUAAAAGAGACAUCCCACCUCCACUUGUAAAUGUCAAACCUGUUUCAGAAGGAUUACCUUCUCCUAAGGAGCACAAAGCCAUUCUACCUCCUAAAACACCUAAACCAGAACCACCUAAAAAACCUUCCAAUUCAAAUGUAAAGAAACCAGACGGCCCUCAGCUUCCACCGCGUGUUGUUCAGCCACCACCUUCAGAAAACAAACGAGACAGCAGGUCUGAUGAUAACAGCAGUGCUGGCUCCACUUCCUCUGGCUCUGUGUCUAUGCAGCAAGACACAGCCCAUUCAAAUGGUGGUUCUGAUCUUAGAAAUCAGUCAAAAGUGCGAGUCUUGCCAACUAUUCCACUAAAGCAUGGCAUUAAUAAGCACCAGGAAAUAAAAAAUCCUGUAACUCUUCCAUCAGAAGAAAUCUAUGAUGACGCUGUUUCUGAAGACUUAGGAUGUUAUCCAUGGUUUCAUCCUAAUAUAAACAGACAAGAGGGAGACAGAAGAGUCACUCAAUUGAAUAAGAAUGGUUCUUACUUAGUGCGUACAAGUUCUAAAGAAAAUCACCCUUAUACUUUAGUCGUAUAUUUUGAUGGCACCACCAUCAAUCUUCCACUAAGAAAACGUGAUGAUAACCGUUUCGCUAUUGGCCAGUUUAAAAAAGAUGAAGUUCAUUUUGCCUCAGUGCCUCAGCUGAUCACCCAUCACACGACUAACAACAUUAAGCUUACUAGAGGUGGCUCUGUUAUGUUAACUAAUACACCGCCAAAAAGAUAGAAAGCUUUUGUAGGACUUGAAUUUAAAAAAAAACAACACUUUCAUUUCAUAUUGUGGCAAAACUUUGCAUAGAAUGGAUCAACAACACUAAGCAGUGUCACUGGUCAUUCUUUGCUUGUUUUAAAGUAUUUCUUGCCAUUUUAAAAUAAAAUCUGCACAGAAUUUGUUUCUCUUACUGUGCACCAUUGGAAAGAAAAUUUAUUUUGAUGAGUCAACAUUUCAAUGUUAUAAAAGAAAUGUUUUUAUAUACACUUUAAAAAAUUGAAUAUUGUUUCUUUACACAAGAACAAGCCCAUUGUGUGCAAAUUUUUUUUAAUGACUAGAAUUACAUGAAAAUGCUAAGUAUAUGCUUCUAGUUCUAUUUAUGCUUUAGAAAUGAGCUUUUUAUUUGAUGUCAGUAUUAUUUUGUGUAUUUAUGAUGGAGACGCAAGUAAUUUGGUCAGACUGUGUAAUAAGUCCAGUCUGGGGACAUCCUGCUGAUGUUCUGCAAGCACAACAUUCAAUUCUCAAGGCACUUUUAUUGCACAAUUUUCAAAUAUGUAUGUGAUGAUAAGUGCUAUUAGUGUCUUAAAACAUGAAGUACCACCUUUUUUGGUGUGUGGGUAUAUUAAUAGUGAUACACUUCUUAACCUGCUUUAUUAAUUUGGACUGUGUCAUUGAAUAUUAAACACAUGUCGUGCAACUGUGAUAGAGAAUAGGUAAAUCAAUUGUUUACACACACAUGCUCUUUGCAUUACUGAGGUGUGUGAUUAAGGUGAGCCCACUCAGUCAAUACAUGCUCUUUGCAUUAGCUGAGGUGUGUGAUUAAGGUGUGCCCACUCAGUCAACACAUGCUCUUUGCAUUAGCUGAGGUGUGUGAUUAAGGUGUGCCCACUCAGUCAACACAUGCUCUUUGCAUUAGCUGAGGUGUGUGAUUAAGGUGUGCCCACUCAGUCACUCCCUUUGCUGUAUAAUUCAUUGAAAUUCCUACUUGAAAGCAAAUGUUGGGGUGAAGAGAUAAGACUUCUCAGGUUUAAUGCUUAGAAUGCUCCUAAUAAUCAGGUCAUUGUGUUGUUGUAGCUAUCACCAUGACUGCCAUAUCUGAAAAUCAGUCUCUAACAAGAAAUUAUAAAAUCAAAACUAUUUCCUUUUUAAUUUUUUUUGUUCUGUAUUAUAAUAAAAAAUAUUUCAUUGCUUUUAGCUGUAUGCUAAAAAUGUGGACUCAAGUUUGUAGAUAGGAACAUGUUUGCUUAAGAAUAGGACAUCCUAAAUAUGUUUUUGCUAUUGAGUGUCAAAUUUUAAAGUCAGAUUAUUCAUUAUAUUUUGAACAGUUACUAAGCUAAGACAAGAUAGCUUAGAUUUUUUGUUUAUCUUUCUUUUAUCUUUGUUAACUUUACACAUACAAAGGAUUUUUGUUUAAUUAUAAUUCACCAUCUAUUUUAUAUUUUGUUUCUAUUUUUACAAUAAAUUUAAACUUUUUUUCCUUUAAAUAAAUAGUGUGUGGGUAGGGUGUUAUUGUUCAGUUGAUUACUCUUUUGUACAUAAAGAGCAUAAAUAAAUUGUAUAUAUGCAUUUACUAUUUUAAUUAUCUUUCUCUUUCUUUCUCAUUUCUUGUUCCCUUUUAUAUUUUUUGUCUUAUUCUAAACAGUCUGCAUAGUUUUCACCAAUUCAAACCAGUACUAAUCAUGUUCAAUUUUUUAGUGGGUUGGAAGCACAUUCUAAUGUGCUAAACAGAGGAUUCGAAUUGUAAACUUAUUUGUUUAGCUUACUUGUUAUAAAAUUAAGAAGUGAACAGAUAUUUUGUUGACCUUUAUAUUGAAAAAUACAAUUUAAGUGCCUUUAUUGAUUUAUAAUUCCAGUAUUUUGUAUUUGAGCAUUCCAUAUUUCUGUAAAUGUAUUUAUUUUUUUUUACAUUUUGUAAGAUUCCAGUCCUGCAUUUCUGAAAGAGAAGCUAUUUAGGAACAAAAAACAUGUUGCUUUGGUAUAAUAUUAACAAGAAAAGUAUGAUAAACGUUUUAUUAACUUAUCAAAAUCAUGAGUUCUAACAACUCAAACUGAAUGCUGUUUUUGUCAUGUUUAUCUUUUGUCUAAGUAGAUUAUGUUGUUGUUUUUUAUUUGGCUGAGCAUUUGGAAAUAAACAUUUCUUACAUUUCAGUAACAUUGCUCAGCAACUUUGUCCGUAAAAAAAAGAAGAUGCUUUAUUAUUUUAUGAUGUUUUUCAUCAAACUAUGAGUAUGGCUUGCAUCAGACAUAGUUACAUAUAAUUCAUUCGCUUAGGGUAUCCCUUACAUCAAGAUGCUAGCAAGGUAACUGAAUGAAAAUCUAAUUGGAUAACCUGCUUGUCUCUUGAUUCAUUCAUCUGGAUUGCUUCUUACUGUGAGAAAUGAACUUUUUUUUACACUGUAACUAAACUUCUUGUUAUUGAAAGGGUAAAACUGGUCUUAAACAGCAAUUUAGUGAAUUGGUCUAUUCUAUCCAGGUUUUUAUUACUAUUAACAUUCAUUACUUUUUUUUUAAAUCAUUAACAUUCCUUAAUUGUCUGUACAUGAUUGAAUCUGGUUUAAAAAUGUGAGCUGGCAUUUUUAUUUCCCUGUAUAUUGAUUUAAGGGUAUAUAUUACAUAUUGUGUUUUGUUUUUUAUUAAAAUUAAAUCUAUAAAUAUAUAUUCCACAAAGAUCAUCUGUUGUACAUAUUGAAAAAAAACAACAACAUUGAUUGCAAUAAAUUACUCAGAGAAGCAGCUGACAUAAAUAUUUUGUCAGUUUAAUGUAUGUCAUACAUUUCACAAACAAAAUUGGCUUAAUAUUAAAAUGUGUUGAAAACAAAUAAAAGAAGCUAGAUCUCCCUCUAACUAUUUGUUGAUGUUGCUGCUAUACAAGCAGCCCAUAGGACUCUCAAACAUAAUGUCUUUCUUCUGUGCUAAUUGUUAGUUAGAAGAAAGCAAAAGGAAAGUAAAAAAAAAUUAAAACAUUCCAUUUCUUCUUGAAAUUGAUAUCUAAAUGAUUUUAUUUAGCCCUUCUAUAUAUAGCUCCUUCUGUCUUGGAAGAAAUGGAUGCGUCCAGGUGAGUCACUGAGUCAUUGAUCAAGCCAAUUCUGUGGCAGAGUUUGUCACAGUUAUUACGCCAAUCAAGUUGAACUUAUAACCCGUAACUGUUGUCUCCUGUGUUAGUUAACACCAGAGUUUCCUCUCCAGGGCACAUUCCUGGGCCUAAGAUAAAGGGGUCAUGGGUGGCCCAUGCAUCAUGGUCCCUCUCUUGACCUUGCUGAUGUAAUCCAAAGGAACACUUCGCAUUACAUUUGUCACCAACUCAGUUGCAGAAGCUGCCAUAAAGAAUUUCAUAGUUGAUAUUCCCAACGCCUAAGGGGCUUCACUUCUGAUUUUUCCUCGAGGUUGUCUCCUGAAGCCUUAUUACCGCAAGGCAGCGGGGGUUUGAAGUCAGAGUAUCCCUCUGUUAGAUGAAUUGCCCUACUAGGCUGUCAAGCUCCAUCUGCCCGAAGCUCUUGGUUUUGUGGCACCAGGUAUCUGCCUUCACCUGUUAAUAAGAGCAGUUUUGCCGGGCUUAGUAUCUAAGCCACAUGAGCAGGCCAGGUGCUGGACUUAGUUGUCAGAGGCUAUCUGAGACGCAUCUUUUUUUUUAUAUUUUAUCUUUUUUUUUUUUAAACUGACAAUGCUCCAAGCUAUAAUAAUGCAAAGUUCAGUUAAGACAGCUUUACUUGUUUUGCCAUUUGUUUAAUGAUUUGGAUCAUAUUCAAAAUGUACCAUGUUUAUAAAAAUGUUUAUAUAAAGGUCUAAAAUGAAACAUUUAUAUUACAGAAUAAAAGCAUAAUUAUUAGAUUUAUUAAAUAAAUAUUGACAAAUUGUUUUAAUCUAUUUA